AUGCCUAUAUCUAAAAGAUCCCUCAGCGUUCUCAUUGUUGGUGCCGGGCUCGGCGGCCUCGCCGCCGGCUUGGCCUUACAGACCGAUGGCCACAAAGUGCGUAUCGUCGAUGCUGCUCCAGAAUUCGCCGAGGCCGGUGCUGGCAUCAGAGUGCCGCCAAACUCCAGUCGCCUCUUACUCCGCUGGGGUGUCGAUCUGGAGGAGAUGAAGAAGUCGGUCUCGAGGCGGUACCACUUUGUCCGAUGGCAGGACGGGUCCACGAUGGUCAAGCUGCCGUUUGAUAACAUUGUCGAGACACACGGCGCUCCCUACUAUCUGGUUCACCGUGCAGACCUCCACGAGGCACUCUUGACAGCGGCGCGGAAUGUGGGCGUCGAGGUUCUAACCAAAAAACGGGUGAUUUCGUACAACUUUGAUGCCCCAAGCGCCAUGACCCAGGAGGGCGAAGUUUUCAAGGCGGACCUUGUCAUCGGCGCCGACGGCAUCAAGUCAAUCGCACGGCCGCUGCUUACGGGCAAGCCCGAUAUCCCGCGUGACACGGGAGACGUGGCGUACAGGAUUCUGAUCCCGGGAGAGAAGCUUCUCGCGGACCCGGAGCUGGCCGACCUCAUCAUGGACCCCUGCACAACCUCAUGGUGCGGGCCUGACGCGCAUCUCGUCGGCUACCCGAUCCGCAACGGCAAGCUCUACAACAUGGUAGUAUGCGCGACGUCGUACAACGAGACGACUGACGAAGUGUGGGUGAUCAAGGGCGACAACGGCGAGCUCCGCAGGCGAUUCGCCCAGUGGGAACCCCGCGUCCGAAAGCUGUGCGCGCUUACGGGCGACUUUAUGAAGUGGCGGCUGUGCGACCUGCCGGACUUGGCACGUUGGGUGCACCCCUCCGGCAAGGCAGUGCUCCUCGGCGACAGCUGCCAUCCCAUGUUGCCCUAUCUCGCUCAGGGUGCCGCGCAGGCAUUCGAGGACGCCGCGGUUCUGCGACAAACCCUAGCCCUGGAUGUCGAGCUCAAGGAUGCUCUGGAACGUUACGAGGCGAUCCGCAAGCCUCGGGCAACCCUCGUCCAGGCCAAGACGCGGGAGCACCAGUACAUCCUGCACAUUGACGACGGCGAAGAGCAACGUGUGCGAGACCAGAAGUUACAGAUUAAUGGGGCCGAGAACCCGGUAUUCUGGGGCUUCGACGAGCGCCGGAAGUGGCUCUUCAGUCACGAUGCCGAGGUGCUGGCCAAGGAGGGCGCCAACGGGCAGGUGGCCGCGCCUAGCACUGGCGUUGCCGCGCACUAG